CUACUGCCAUCUCGCCCUGUCCGCAGUUUCGCCUCGGCGUGUGACUGAGUGUCUCUCCUCUUGUCUGUCUCCCUCUUCUCCCUUUAAACACUCCCCCCUUGUUUAUCUCCCCGCACCUCCGCUCCUCUCCAUCCCGAAAGAUGUCGGCAUGUUUUAUGAAUGAGCACUGGACUUGCCUUUGAGUCACCGCAGGAAGAUCGAACAAGGAGAGCGAGAGAAGAAUGCAAAGGAGCCACAGCCAGUGACCACCUGCCUACAUCCAACCUGAGGAUCUGCCUGCAGGAUUCUGAAGCUGAUGACAUUUGAGAGGAGACGUGUUUAAACCAGUCAACAUCCAAAGCCUUCCCGGUCAACGAUUGCAUCGUGCAGCUGUAUUCCUGGGAUUCACUCAACUUGAAACUUCUGCAAGAUGUCAUGGCGACCCCCGUAUUACAGCUCCAAGUUUCGCCACGUGUACGGGAAGCCGGCCAGUAAGGAGAAUUGCUACGAUGGGGUUGCCAUCACCAGGAGUGUCCAAGACAACUACUUCUGUUCUGUAAACCCAAAGUUCAUCGCCGUUGUGACCGAGUGUGCAGGAGGUGGAGCUUUCUAUGUCAUUCCCAUCAAUCAGACAGGAAAGAUCGAUCCACAUCAGCCGAAGGUCUGUGGUCACAAAGGGAAUGUAUUGGACAUCAAAUGGAAUCCAUUUGAUGACUGCGUCAUUGCUUCCAGUUCAGAAGAUAGCACGAUUAAGAUCUGGGAAAUUCCUAAACACGGCAUCACCAAAAACAUAACUACUUCAAAGCAAGACCUCCUGUCGCACUCACGAAGAGUAGGAAUCAUAGAAUGGCACCCAACAGCCAGAGAUAUCUUGUUCAGUGCUGGAUACGAUUACCGGAUUAUGAUCUGGAACCUGAAUUCAGGAGAGUCACUAAUUAGAAACCCUGUGAAAAUUCUGGAUUGCCACAGAGAUGUUAUUCUCUCCAUGUCCUUCAACACCAGUGGCAGCCAAUUUGUGACUUCUUGCAGGGAUAAGAAGAUUCGAGUGAUUGACAGUCACACAGGAAAGGUUUUACAGGAAACGGGUUGCAUAUCCCACAGAGCUAUCAAGGUUUUGUAUCUGGGCAACUUAAAAAUGAUACUGUCAGCGGGCUAUUCCAAGUGGAACAACCGACAAGUCAUUCUCUGGGAUCAGGACGACCUGUCUGUGCCUUUAAGGGAGGAGGAUUUGGAUGGGUCUUUGGGAGUGCUUUUUCCAUUCUAUGAUCCAGACACGCACAUGCUUUACUUGGCAGGAAAGGGUGAAGGUAAUAUACGAUACUAUGAACUAAGCUCUGAGAAGCCUUAUCUUCACUUCUUGAUGGAUUUUCGCUCUUUACUUCCUCAGAAAGGAAUGGGUAUCAUGCCAAAGAGAGGCCUGGAUGUCAGUGCCUGCGAAGUCUUCAGGUUCUACAAGUUAGUGACAGUCAAAGGCCUUAUCGAGCCCGUCUCCAUGAUCGUCCCUCGGCGGUCAGAUUCAUACCAGGAUGACAUCUACCCGCUGACAGCAGGGGCACAGCCAGCAAUGACUGCGCAGGAGUGGCUAAACGGAUUCAAUAAAGAUCCAAUACUCAUAUCCUUAAAGCCUGGUUCUAAUAACCAGCCGUGCAUUCUGGAGAAUAAAAGCACUGAGCUGAGCAACAUCCCUGAUUCAAUGAGAAGAGAACAUGUGAACGCAACACCGCAAAAACAGGAGCAACGAAAUACAGAGAAAGGCCAAGAGCAGAAAAAGAAUUUUAUAUCAAAUGGGUACGACCUGUCGCAAUGUCCACCCCCAAAAACAGAAAAUGAGCUUCUACAGAUGUUUUACCGGCAGCAGGAGGAGGUUCGGAAACUACGGGAACAGCUGGCACAAAAGGAAAUCCGAAUUAAACAGCUGGAACUGGAGAUAAAAAAUGUUCGAUUCAGUUCCAUUAAUUACUGAUGAAGCAACAAGGAGGGGUGGGGAAGAAACUAUGGCAAAACAACUCGCCCUUAAAAUGGGCUCCUCAAGGGGCAGCAGUCUACUUGAAUAUAGUUAUAUUUUUUAUUGAGGGAAAAAAGAUGUUUAAUUUGUAAAACUUAACUUACUGUACAGGAUGUACACUUUUUUUUUGUUUCUUAUUUAUCUUUUAUAUGAUAGUGUAAAUUGAUUUUUUAACCCUGCUACUGGCUUUAAUAUGAUCUGCAGUUCAGAGCUUUACAAUCACAUUGAAUCUCAAUUACUCUGGUGGCUACUGUAGUUUUUAUGGUGCAAAAAUAUAAAUACAUCUCUUAAUGCUUAAAAUCCAGUGGCUAAUUUACACGUUAACCAGGGCUCUUACAACUGUGGUAAGGAAUGAGCUAAAUGUUAUACCCAAAAGUUUGAAUUGGGUGAAGCAAAUUAUCUGCAAGGAUAUUGGUUGGUCUUUUUAAAAAAUAUCUUAUGUGUGUUAUGAUAUUUCUUCUUUAUUAAAUUAAUAGUUAUGGUGAUCUGGAAGAUUAACUCAUCAGCUUUUAGCCUAAAAUAUUGUGCACAUCUGAUUGGUUUUCUUCAAUAGUUUUAGCAACUUCUGUUCACCACUACCUGCUUGGAUCACAAGGGUUCUGCAGCAUCAGAUUUCCAGAACCUGCCCUUUUGCACUAUGCGUAGGCUGCACUGUUGACUUGGGCAGGUGCCUCGUUGAAACGGGUAGCCUUCAUUUCAAGAAAAGGCUUUGAAAACAAUGAGAAUUGUGUUAGUUACCUCAGCCUUCCUUUGAGUUCAAGACUACUUUUGUUUUAAUGGAAGAAUUUUUUUUAAGAAAACAAAAAGGAAAACAUUUUUAAAACAAUUAUGAUUCUUUUUAAAAGAUUUUAGGGAAAAAAAACUACUAAUCAUUCCUUUGAUCAGUCAGAUAUUAAAGAUGGAAAGAGACACUAUACUGGCUCUUGCAAUAUAGAACAGCUGACACCCACAGCUAAUUUUAUUCAGCCCAAAAAAUGUUCAGUGUGACAUAUCGUACAAGCCACAUGCAAAUAGGUUUUCCCUUUGUCCCAUUGCAUUGCAAGAUAAUGUAACACAGUUUAUGCAUGAUACUGCCAAUGUGAAUUUGGGAGUAACACCAGACAAUGGACCAGUGUCCCUGUUGCAGUUCCAUCUUCACAGCCAUACUGUUGUUUUCAAUAUAUUAAAAGCUGAAACUGGUAGAAAUACUCAAGAUCACUUUGGAGAGAGAAAACAAGUUAGACUUUUUAAGUGGUUUCUGAGCAAAUGCCAUUGACAUAAGCAGUUUCUCUCUCUGUGGAACUACAUACCUGCCGGCCAUUUCUUUUCUCAAUUCGUUCCUUUAUUCUUUCCAGAAUACAUACAUGAAUGCAUUUUAUAUAGAACUGUACUGUGGAUUUUAUAUUCCCAUUAUUCACAUUAAUAGGAUUUGAUAGAGAUAUUCUUUUACUCUGAACAUCUUUUCAUAGCAAACUGAUUCUACACUGGAUAUGAUUGAUCUUGACAUACUGGGAGAAAUUGUUUAUGUUCUCUCUUAUCUCCCCACUGAUUUUGUCUUGCUGUAAGUUUGAGAUUUUCAGGUUUGAUGAAUGAUUAAAAGAUUUAAAAAAAAUUCGCCUACAUUGGCUUACCAAGUAGUUUUUGAGAUUCAUGGAUCUAAAUGGUACUGGGCAGAGUUUUUUCCAUACAGCGUAUUUUGAUGAUUCAUGGAUGGUCUAACUUUGCUGAUCUGUUCGUACCUUCGGGUAAAGAGAUUAGGCAGCACGUGAUUGUCAUCUCAUUUGUCACUUAUGAUUGUGAUUAAUUUAGGAUUUGCAAGACUGUAAUGACUUUAAUGACCUCAGAACAUCCCAAAGUGCUUUCUAGCCAAUGGAAUACUGUUUUGACAUGUAACCACUUGCAGUGUGUAAAAAAAUACAGUAAGCAAUUUGCCCUUAAUGAGCUCCCACUAGCAAAUAUAAAAGCAAAUUGAUUCAAAACCACUUCAUGUUUAAAUGCCUUAAUAUUAUCCAUUGCCACAAAAGUGGCCUCUGAUUUAUGCUUUUGCAAUAUUUUGUGAUCAAAGUAAGUUCAGAAUAAUGCAGGACUUCUAAAUGACUAUCAAUGAUGUCUGUCUACUAGUUCAUUCCUGGGGAAUGUUCAUUUCAAACAGUUUGAAAGGAUACCAACUUCAUGAUAAAGAGCUGAUCGGUGUUUUUUUGGUUUAGUCGUGCACAGGCAAAUGUGCAGAACUGGAAUGUGUGGUUAUCGGGUGUGAAAUCACUUCACAGAGUACCUUUCUGGGUCAGGUCCUGUGCCUUCACUUUUUAAAUGAUAGGCUGCCACAAAGUCAGGGUUAAGCAAUGGAAAAUGCAGCACAAGUGAAGCCAUUUGGCCAGAUCAGUCUCUGCAAGUGUUUUUGCUCCACUGGGGCAUUUACCCUUGUGUUUUAAGAGCUUCCCUUAAAGACAUCAUGUGCUAUUUUCCUCAGUCAGGUUGGCAGCGCCUCUUUCAAUGCACCAAGCUGGUUGCCUGCCAUUGAUUUGUAACACACUGUUAGCCCUCAAGAUUGCUGAUAUAAACAUUGGCUCACUGUUCCUGCAAUGGCAAAAUUUUAUGUAUAUGCAACGUGCUGUUAUCGUCAUUAAUAGCUUUGUAUUUUCCUGCCAUUCUCAUCAAAAUCCCACCACUGCUGCUCAUGGCAAUUAACUGGAAGCAAUGUAGCCAAUGUAGCGAAGGGCAAAGGCACGGAAACCUUUCAGCAGUCCCCCCACAGGGGUUUCCUAGUUAAUGAGAAGUACUUGAUUGAAAAGGAGGCUUUCUAUGUAACAACUUGAACUGACACAUUCUGUAUUGAACUGUAAUCUGUCAGGAAUUUAAUAAAACAAGUUUCCUGUUUAA